AUGACACAGCAUAUUAAACAGACAUACAAUGAGGAUGUCAUUAGUAAAUCAGCAGAAGAUAAAAGGUUAUACCGGGGAUUAGAAUUAACAAAUGGAAUGAAAGUAUUGUUAGUAAGUGAUCCUGAUACUGAUAAAGCUUCAGCGGCUUUAGAUGUUAAUAUUGGAUAUAUGAAAGAUCCAUGGGAACUUCAAGGACUAGCUCAUUUUUGUGAGCAUAUGCUAUUUUUGGGUACAAAAAAGUAUCCAGAAGAAAAUGAAUAUAAUAAGUUUCUCAGUGAGCAUGGAGGUUCGUCUAAUGCCUUUACCUCAUCUGAACAUACUAAUUUUUACUUUGAUGUGGCAGCAGAAAAUUUAGCAGGAGCUUUAGACAGAUUCUCCCAAUUUUUUCAUUCACCUUUAUUUACACCAUCAGCUACUGAAAGAGAAGUGAAUGCUGUGAACUCUGAGAAUGAUAAGAAUUUACAGAAUGAUGCAUGGAGAGCAGCUCAAUUAGAAAGAUCUUUAGCUAAUCCUAAACACGAUUAUUAUAAAUUUGGAACAGGUAAUAAAUCAACAUUAGAAACUCUACCUAAAGCCUCUGGUAUAGAUGUACGAGAUGAACUAUUAAAAUUUCAUUCCAAAUAUUACUCAUCAAACAUUAUGGGCCUUUGUGUUCUGGGUAAAGAAACAUUAGAUGAAUUAAGUGAGUUAGUAGUCCCAUUAUUCUAUGAUGUAGAAAAUAAGAAUUUAACAGUUCCUGAAUGGUUAGAACAACCAUUUGAACGUGAAGAAUAUGUUACACGAGUCAAUGUUGUUCCUGUUAAAGAUGUACGACAUUUGAAUGUGUUUUGGUCAAUUCCUGAUCUCCAGCCAUAUUAUACCUCUAAUCCAGGUCAUUACUUGGGACAUUUAAUAGGUCAUGAAGGUGAAGGAAGUUUAUUAUCUGAAUUAAAAUCUAGAGGGUGGGUAAACAUGUUAAUGGGUGGACAGAAGGCAGGAGCUAAAGGUUUUGCAUUUUUUAUUGUAACAGUUGAUUUAACAGAUGAUGGAUUAGAUCAUGUAGAUGAUAUUGUCACUCUAAUCUAUCAAUAUAUUAAUAUGUUAAAAAAAGAAGGUACUAAAGAAUGGAUCUUUAAUGAAUGUAAGGAUUUAAGUGCUAUGACAUUCCGUUUCAAAGAUAAGGAAAAACCACACAAUUAUACCAGUAAACAUGCUGGAUAUUUACAUGAAUUCUUUUUACCAGAAGUAUUAAGUGGACCUUAUAUAAUGUCUGAAUACCGUCCAGAUUUAAUAGAAAUGGUUCUACAAAAACUAACUAUUGAUAAUAUGAAAAUGAUAGUAAUGGCUAAGAAAUUUGAAUCUGAAGCCCAUUUAAAAGAGAAGUGGUAUGAUACAGAUUAUAGUAUCAGUAAAGUGUCACCUGAAACAUUAAAUACCUGGUCAACCUGUGGUCUACAUAAUAACCUCAGAUUACCUGAGAAAAAUGAAUUUAUUGCCACGAAUUUUGACAUUAUACCAAAUGAAACAGAGGAUACACCAUUAACUAGAUUAUGGUAUAAAAAAGAUGAAAAAUUCCUUCUACCCAAAUCUUGUACCAAUAUAGAGUUAACUACGCCUCUAAGUUAUUCUGAUCCAGUGCAGUCUAAUUUGACCUAUCUAUUUGUUACAUUAUUUGCUGAUAAUUUAAAUGAAUAUGCAUAUGCUGCUGAAUUGGCUGGAUUACAUUAUAAUUUACAAUGUACACCUUAUGGUAUUCAUCUAUCUCUGAAAGGUUACAAUGAUAAACAAGAUAUAUUAUUAAAGAAGAUACUAGAAAAACUUACCACAUUUAAAGUUGACAGUAAAAGAUUUGAAAUUAUCAAAGAAUUGUAUGAGAGAAGUUUAAGAAAUUUUGAAGCCAAUCAACCUCAUGCUCAUGUAACAUAUUACACAUCAGUCUUGAUGUCAGAAGUCUACUGGACUAAUCAGGAAUUAUUAGACUGUUUAGAUGAGGUGACUGUAGAGAAAAUGGAAAAAUUCAUGCCUCAGUUGUUAUCAAAAUUGUACAUAGAGGCUUUAAUAUAUGGCAAUACAUCAAAACAGAAAGCAAUUGAAACCAUAGAAACAGUAGAGAGUGUAUUACAGACAAAUAUCGGUACCAAACCAUUGUUACCUAGCUUACGAAAACGUUACCGUGAAAUACAACUCCCUGAUGGUUGUUAUUAUAUAUAUCAAAAAACAAAUAAAGUACAUAAAAGUUCAUGUAUACAGAUGUAUUAUCAAACUGGUAUACAAUGUAAAGAAAAUAAUAUGUUAUUGGAAUUACUAUGCCAAAUUAUCAAUGAACCAUGUUUUAAUAUAUUACGAACUCAGGAACAGCUAGGUUAUAUUGUAAUGAGUGGUGUACGUAGAUCAAGUGGUGUACAAGGUUUAAGAUUUAUUAUCCAGUCUGAUAAAUCACCAAUCUAUGUUGAAUCCAGGGUAGAGGUUUUUAUUCAGAAAAUGGAGGAAUAUCUUGACAAUUUAUCAGAAGAAGAUUUCCAAAAACAUCUCAAAGCAUUGGCCUCAAAACGUGCUGAGCAACCUAAGAAAAUGUCUCUGCAGAAUAAUAGAUAUUGGAAUGAAAUUUCUUCACAGCAGUAUCAUUUUGAUAGAGAUGCAUGUGAGAUUGCUUGUCUAAAAACAUUCUCAAAAACUGAUUUAAUCAAUUAUUUUAAGGAAAUGAUUGUAUUAAAUGCACCUAAAAGACACAAGUUAUCUGUACAUGUUAUAUCUAGUUCUAUAGAGAAUGAAACUAUAAAUAAAGUAGCUGAUGACAUAAUUGAUGGUCUAGCACCCCCACCUACAUUACCUCCACCUGUGAUAAUUGAAGAUGUGAAUAGUUUUAAGAAUACACUAGGAUUAUAUCCACUAGCAAAGCCUUAUAUAGAUAUCAACACUGCAAAAUCAAAACUUUAAUAUAUUUACUUAAAACUAAUGUAGUCUACUAUGAACUAUGUUUUGUUAAUUACAUGUAGUAGCAUAUUUUAACAAUACUCUAGUAACAUAAUUAUAUCUUUGGUUAUGGUUUUAAAGGUUGUAGGAUGUAGUGAAUUACAAUAGAUAAUUCACUUUCUUAUUUUAAGUUGUAUAGAUCUCUUAAAGAAAUGAGAAGAACUGCCAUUGAUUAAAGCUAUCAUGCUUUUAUAAAAAGUGGAAUUAUAAUUUGAAAAAAAUAAAGCCCCAUUCAUGGCCAUUCUUCGGCCGUAUUUACUUUUAGCAAUCUCCUUACUUGUUGAAGAAAUAUGGCCCAACUAUGUCUGUGCUUAAUAUCAACUGACUAGUAGGAUUGCCUUACCUGGCUUUUAGUGUUAGUUGGUGCCAAAGAUAUUUCUUCAACAAGUAUGGCACUGCUUGUCAUGUUUUACAUAGGGAUGAUAGUUUUAAGAAACACCUUUGUCAAAUCUUAAAUCUUAUUUUAUAAUCAGUAAAAUAUAUUAUUAGGCCUACAGUAAAAUACCUCAGAAAUCAGGCCUGUUAUUCAGGUUUGUAUGUUCAUGGUAAUAACUAUCAAAGGUUGUGAUGCAUUUAUGGGUGUCAUUAACAUAAUAUAUAUAACAUAACAUAUACAUAUAUUUUCACUGUUAAAAUAGUGUUCCAUAAAGCAAUUGUGCAGCAAUAUAGAAAUAUU